AUGGACGCCCACGCAUCACCGAACAAGACCACGGCCAACCGUCGCAGGCAGCCUAGAGGCAAACCUGCCCCUCUCAGGGCGUAUGCGUCAGAGAACGAUGCCGCCAACUACGGCGCCUCUGCCCUUCACCACCACAGGACGCCUCAAACUCCCAAAAAGACACUCUCUGCUUCGCCUGCACUAGCGGAAAGCUACAAUGCGCAGGCUGGUGGAAAGCAAAAGAACCGCAGCCACAAAUCUAAGGGCAAAGUCGACGCUGCCUCUCCCAACUAUCAGCUGAGCAACAAUCAGUCGCCUCCUAGAACGUCGCCGACCUCGAAGCCUGGCGUUAGCGCAGCGUUUGCUGGUGCGACCUUUCAUGCCUCGCCGUCUCCAGCCGAUCUCCCCAUUCCGAGCUUUCUCAAGUCCAACAGCGAGUCCCCGAUGACGCGAAAGAUAAGGGGCGUCAUCCCGCAACCAUCCCCCCCGGCCACUGAUUCCGAGGCCCCUACGCCGUAUCGACCCGCCUCGGCCUCGCAGCAUCGUGAAUCCCCUCUCGACUUCAUGUUCCGAGCCCACAGAGAAGAAAGGGCCCGGCAGCAAUCUGACAACACUGCUGGCCCGGCCUCGCUGCUGGCCGGCGUCAUGUCUCCACCACACCACACGGAAACACCGUCCUCGUCCAACCUGGCAGAGAACCGCCGUGCAUACAGCCGGCAGUCCUCUGGAGGUGUCGAGAUAUUCGAGCUGGAUGGUACCGGAAGCCAACAGCUCGGCCCACCAUUCUCAGCUCCCUACCAGGAUCGGAUCAAGGCUGCUCGCAGUUUCGCCUCAAACCCCCCGACUGCCCACACGGCUCCCCAGCACACUCCGAGCGCCAACAGCACAACGACGGCUGAGGAUCCCACUGCAGCUCUCAAGAGGUUCCUCUUCUCUCCUCAGCCGUCCGCGACAACGACUCCAUCCUCUGCCAACCAACCCCCGCGCAUGCCCGAGUACUUUCCCAGCAGACAGGUGGACAGCUCGGGUUAUGAUAGCGCAGGCAGCAUCCAGGCCAUGGAAAACGAUCUUAGGCGGAUUUUAAAGCUAGAUAUGGUUUCCGAGGGUCCGCCAGCCGAGCGGAAACCUUUUACUCGUUAA